UUCUCCAUCCUUGUCUCUUUAUAUUUAAAACCUGUUUAUAUAUAAGCUUAUUGUUCAUUCACAAAUUAAAUUCAUUUCCCAAUACGGGAUAAUAAAAGUUAAAAGUUGAGUGGCUGAGCUGAGUUUAAGUAUUAUCACCUUUGUCUCUGUUUGCAGGAUAUGUUGACAAUUCAACAUAUUUAAUAGUCGACAGUUUCCACGGGGUAUGCUUACUUUUUCAGACUUUUUUCGUUUUUUCCAGGUUUGACACAGCUCAGCUCAGUUCACGAUCAGUUUUUCCGGCAUAUUUCCAGUUUGCAGACCAUCUGAACAGUCCAGUCCAUCCAACUUAAACUUUUAUCGUUUACCGACUGGAAGGGUCGUUUCGCCGGAACGCAGGAUCGUGAAGCUGUUGCGAGGGGGACGCUUUAACUAGUGCGGACCACGGAGGCUUCCUGUGGAUGGAGGAUGGAUAGCUUUGGAAACUGAUGAUUGGACCAGCUCCGCUUUCAAAGGUUCUGGCUAUGAGCUAACAACCUACCGUGUUCCUGUUCAAAACAACAUCUUCACAGGAUCCACACCCACCUAAUCAUCUUUAUAUAAGAAGAAGUGACAUUGAAUUUAUUGACUGACUGUGGAGAGCGUCUUCUAUUGGAUUUCUGAAAGCUAGCAUUCACUUUGUCCAUACAUCUUUUUUCACCACUUUUCUGUAUUGCUUAUGUUUCUUUCUUUAUGGCAUAGUACUGCUGUCUGUCAGCUGGUGGUGAAGCUGAUCAGUACACUUCAUCCUUGGUCAGUGGCUUCAGCUGAAGGAAUUUGUAUCUGAUUGGUUGUCAGUCUGAUGCUGUGUCUACAGAUAAAGAUCAACUAAAAACUGAGGGAUACCCAGUUCUUAUUUCUUUGCACAGACAGAAAGCCAAUGCGCAGGUGUAACAGCACGCGCCCAGGAGAUACCACUGGAAUGGACAUCACCAGCCGCUGCACUCUUGGUGACCCCAACAAACUUCCAGAGGGUGUGCCUCAGCCAGCACGUAUGCCAUAUGUCUCGGACAAGCAUCCUAGACAAACUCUAGAAGUGAUUAAUUUACUUAGAAAGCAUAGAGAGCUUUGUGAUGUGGUCCUGGUUGUUGGUGCAAAGAAGAUAUAUGCGCAUCGUGUCAUCUUGUCUGCUUGCAGCCCUUAUUUCAGAGCUAUGUUUACAGGUGAGCUGGCAGAAAGCCGGCAAACAGAGGUGGUGAUCCGUGAUAUUGAUGAGCGGGCUAUGGAGCUCCUUAUUGACUUUGCCUACACAUCACAGGUGACUGUAGAGGAAGGCAAUGUACAGACUUUGCUGCCUGCUGCAUGUCUUCUACAGCUGGCUGAAAUCCAGGAGGCUUGCUGUGAAUUCCUGAAGCGACAGCUUGACCCUUCCAACUGCCUAGGCAUUCGUGCUUUUGCUGACACCCACUCUUGUCGUGAAUUACUUCGGAUUGCUGACAAGUUCACACAACAUAAUUUUCAGGAGGUAAUGGAAAGUGAAGAAUUUAUGUUGCUGCCAGCAAACCAGUUGAUUGACAUAAUAUCUAGUGACGAGUUGAAUGUUCGAAGUGAGGAACAGGUUUUUAAUGCAGUGAUGGCUUGGGUGAAAUACAGCAUUCAAGAAAGGAGGCCACAACUACCCCAGGUAUUACAACAUGUUCGAUUACCACUUCUUAGUCCUAAAUUUUUAGUUGGAACAGUUGGAUCAGAUCCCCUUAUUAAAAGUGAUGAAGAAUGCAGAGACCUUGUGGAUGAAGCCAAAAACUACCUGUUGUUACCUCAAGAACGUCCACUGAUGCAAGGACCUAGAACUCGUCCACGAAAGCCUAUUCGAUGUGGAGAGGUUCUUUUUGCUGUUGGUGGUUGGUGCAGUGGAGAUGCAAUAUCUAGUGUUGAACGUUAUGACCCUCAAACAAAUGAGUGGCGAAUGGUGGCUUCUAUGAGUAAGAGGCGCUGUGGAGUAGGAGUCAGUGUUCUAGAUGACCUUUUGUAUGCAGUUGGAGGUCAUGAUGGCUCCUCAUACCUCAACAGUGUAGAACGAUAUGACCCCAAGACAAAUCAGUGGAGUAGUGAUGUUGCUCCUACUAGCACCUGCAGGACCAGUGUUGGAGUAGCGGUCCUUGGAGGAUAUCUGUAUGCAGUGGGUGGACAGGAUGGGGUAUCCUGUCUUAACAUUGUAGAAAGAUAUGACCCAAAGGAGAAUAAAUGGACACGUGUUGCUUCCAUGAGUACUAGACGUUUAGGAGUAGCAGUUGCAGUACUGGGUGGAUUCCUGUAUGCAGUAGGAGGUUCUGAUGGGACUUCACCUCUCAACACAGUUGAGCGCUAUAAUCCACAGGAGAACCGCUGGCAUACGGUUGCUCCUAUGGGAACGCGACGCAAGCAUCUUGGUUGUGCUGUGUAUCAAGACAUGAUCUAUUCAGUGGGAGGGCGUGAUGACACCACAGAACUCAGCAGUGCAGAAAGAUACAACCCUAGGUCCAAUCAGUGGUCUCCUGUAGUAGCUAUGACAUCGAGAAGAAGUGGGGUUGGAUUAGCUGUAGUAAAUGGCCAGUUGAUGGCAGUCGGAGGUUUUGAUGGGACAACAUACCUAAAGACAAUUGAAGUAUAUGAUCCUGAUGCCAACACAUGGAGGCUGUAUGGCGGGAUGAACUAUCGCCGGCUUGGAGGAGGAGUAGGAGUUAUCAAAAUGACUCAUUGUGAAUCUCAUAUAUGGUAACCUUUGUGCCUGAAUGCAUUUUUUUUCUCUCUCCAUAAAGACAAAAAUCACAAAAUACAAGAGCUGCUAAUGAUGCCAACCUAAGUUGCACUUAUAUAUACACACACGUGUAAAUGAUCCCUGCAGUGCAAGACAUAUUCAUUGUUGGGAGAGUUUUGAAAUUUUGUACUCACUGGAGUUCAUCACCUGCAUUGAAAUGCUUGCACAAGAUGAAACUGAAGACAAAUUCAUCAAUCUUUGGAGGGUGCAAGUGCAUUAUGGCGUUUACCCGGCGUGCACAAUAUUUUGUUCUUUUAAUACGUUGACCUGUUUGCUUGGAUAUCCAACUUGAGUACUGUAACAGUUGACUGCUUGCAGGAGACUAAUGGGUAAGCAUCACUGGCUGUUUGGCGUUAUGGUGUGCUCAUGAAGCAUUGUGCACUCUGCUGUCAGAUGAUGCAUUACCAAUGUAGGAAAGACAUUUUAUCCAUUGAACCUGUUGAAGUGAAUUAAAAUGGAUCAUUAAGUAACUCCUGAAGGAGCAUCAAAAAUGUUUACAGUUCUAAAACAUUGUUUGAACAAUAAUGCUUUCACUUUUGUGGAAUUUAAACUCUUCAUGUAGAAAUGUAUAAUAAUUUAUAAAGCUUGAAACUAUCAGGCCCUGAGAAGCAUUUGGUGUAAGAAAAUACAGAUUUUUGCACUUUGGCCAUUUAGGUAUUUAAAUGAUGGUCUCAAUGAACAAGAUUUACCACAUUUUCUUGCUUUUAAAUGACAGCUGUUUACGGAAAUUGUUUCACUUGCUUACCAAAAUGUAUUUGCCAACAUCCUGAAAUGUGCAACUUCUUUUCUUCCGCAAUAAUCCUUUAAGAUUUUAUUUGAAAUCUAAAUUUGUUCAGAUACCGCUCAUUAAUUGUUUUUAUGCUUAAACAUAUCUCUGGACUAUAUGUACUGGAUUCAACAUAUGCAAUGGUGUAAAAAGAAAUAUUAUAUAUACAGAGUUGUUAAUUUUGCUUUCACUGAUUGAAUAUAAUAAGCAAAGAACAUCAUAGCAAAGAGAAAUUAAACUGAUAUUCCUCUAGUUUUGCUUUAUUUGUUUUGCAAGAGUCUCCAUAGGAAGGUGCACAUUACCUUUUUUAAAAGGCUUUACAAGCUAAACUUUAAUUUUAAAUAAGAAAGCUUGUUAAAUUAUUCUUUUAAAAUAUAUAUUUACAUUAUACUAAGAUACAAUCUAGCACCAUGACCAAAGCAAAAUACAGAUUUGCUCUUAAGCCUGUGAAUUAUAGUAAUGUAAACAGUCUAAAAAUGUAGCUCCAUUGCAAUUUGCUGUAUUAGACACUUUGAGAAAAAUCUCUUAAAAACAGGUUUCAUUUUUUGAAACAAUAACAAACUAUUUCAAAAUUUUGAAUUUAGAGUUCUAAUCAGUACUAGUAAUAUAAAAAAUAAUCAUUUAUCAGACACCUUCCAAAUUGACUAACAGAUGUUCUACUGUACAAUGUGCUAUGAAAUCACGUUAUUCUUUCUAUUGUCAAUCCUUCAAUUUCAGUUAAUUUCACCUAAAAAUACUUUAAACACUUUCAAAAUGCUUUUUGUUGAAACAAUUAUGCAAAAUGGAAAUUGUCCUGAAUUCGUAUGUCAUUAUACUUGCAAUAUUUAUUUUUGUUAAAGAUUCUUCACAUGUCAGCAUUGAUACCACAUUUAUAAGCUUGAUUAAGGAUCUGGUCAAGUGAGGUACAUUAGCUGCUGGUUCAAGUUUCUUUGAAAUAUUCAAAGUCUAUCUUUUCAAUUAAAAAACACUCAUGGCAAUUAUAUGUCUGCAUUAUCAAUAAAGGACAUUGUUUGAAUGAUGAGUCCACAAUGGAACCAAAAAUUGGCAAACAGCAGCAAAUAUCUUUACAAAUAAUCGUAUUAAUGCAUCUGUUGGUAAUCGAUUUUUUUUUAUUUUUAGUUCAUCUGAAAGUACAAAAGUUUGAUCUACUACAAGAGUACUGAAAUGCUGAUUGGCUGGCUAAAUUUACAGAUUUGUUUACUGUAGGUCAUUAGUAACCAUCAUGUUUGGUAAAAAAGACUCCAGAUUCAAACCAAGUGUGGUGUAUUUCCUUAGAUGACUUUGGUAGAGUUUUCAGUUAUACGGUAUCGGAUAUAAGAAAUCAUUCUUUUGUGCCGUAUCCGUUCCUGUUUAGUGUGUAAACUAGUCCACACUUGCAUGAAACAAUAAUUCUUUAUUUUUAUAAACUGUAUAAAAUUACAAUAUAAUCAUUAAUAUCUUGAAUGCAUACCAUAAAACACUAAAUGUCAACUUACUAUAAACAGCCUGAUUGUUAUAACUUAAUAGAAUUUGUUUGCUUGAUGUUCGCAGAGGCAUUGAUAAGUGCAGUCUUGCCAUUAUUCUUAAUCAGAGAUUAAUCUUUAAUUUUUUUUUCCCCUGCUUGGUAUGUUAUAUCAAUCAGAAAUACAAACCACUCUUUUCCAUCAAUAAAUUUACAAAGAUAUUUAUUAUUGUUGCUUUUCCUACACCAAGGGUGUUUUGAUAAAGACUGUAUGCUAGCUAAGCCUUUGUUUUAGUUUCACCUUAUGUUUUGAAAUUGUCUGUUGACAGAGACCUGGAAUUGGUACAAAGAAGCCAACUGUGCAUCAUUUGUAUACAUUUCCACAUCAUAACGUUAAGCAAAAGAAAACUAAAUGUGUUCAAAAGUAAAAAACCAAAACACAUGGUUAAAUAUUAGAUUUUACAAGGUAUAAUAAAAAUGGCAAAAAUGGUUUACCUUUGAUUAAGAUACUUAAAGAAAACCAGCAGAGCCAGAUACUGAGCUCCAAGGCUAUAGAUUGUGUGCCACCCAGUUGUUAGAUUUAUUGCUUUAAAUUUAAUCAUCAUUGUUAGGGCCUACAAUAGACUGGUCUCCUGCCUUGCCCCUGGUGCUGCUGGAGUAGACUCUGGGUCACCAGAACCCUGAAUUAAUCUAUUAAGCAAUCUUGAGAAUAUUCUUUUCUGGUUUAGUAAGAACAGCUAAUAGCUUUAUGAUGUGUUAACAGUAUGUGAGCACUUUGGGCCAAAGGCUUACAUUUCACUCCAUGUCAUUUAUAGCAACGCGCCCUGUGUCUCCUCCUGGACCUGACCAUCUACUACCAGGUGUGGUUUCUCUCAGUAGAUGUGUCUUUUGUAAGUAAAACCCAAUAACACUCGAUGUAUAAUCUCUUGUCCACUAUUUACUGCAUUCAUUUUUUGAAGGCCUUUAAACCAGUAACUGAAUUAUAAUAAUUUAGGUUUUAAUGAUUUGGUUCAGCACCAUAUAUAUUUAUUGUAUAUUGUUAUAUUUAUUAUAUAUUAUGAACUAGGUUUAUUUUUGCAGACCGUGUUUUAACCAGAUAUCUACUUAAUUUAGUUCAACACUUUCCACUUAUCUUGUGCUGUCUCAGUAAUUCUAAAGUGCAUGUACAAUUAUACUUACGCAGGUGACUAAAUAUUGAAUUAAUAAUGCUGUGAAUCAGAACCUUCUUAUAACAUGACAAUACAUCAUACUAAAGUGUUCAACAACAAAUGCAUCUAUUUGUCUGUGCAUAUUCAUGUUUGUAAACAGUUCAAUGUAAUAUAAAUAUUCUGUAAAUAAAUUGUUUUACAUCAU